GGCGUGCUCGUACGUGCAACUGCUAGACUGGGCUGGAAUAGACAUCAAAUAUCGCUGGGGCUCGCUCAGCGCCUGCCUAAAGUUGCCGCGAUACGUGCAGCGACACUACAGCUGCCGUCGUGUCGCCCAAAAGCAGAGAUGCCACGAUAUGUGCUCGCAUUGGUGUUCGCCGUCGGACAGAGCCUCGUCGCAAGCGUCGCGACGCCCUCACGACGACCAAGAACAAUCAUACGCGCCGAGCCGCCGAACGUGCCCCAGGACCUGCCCUUCGACAUCCAGCGCCGCGUCGACGAGGCGAAGCGCCGCCAGACCGAGCGCCAGACCGAGGACACCCAGCGCAAGCGCCUGCGCAAGAAGGAGCUCCUCAAAGCGUUACAAUUGGCCAAGCUGCGGCGCCAGUUCUCCGCCUUCGGCUUCGAUGAUGUGGAUCGCGAGCUGAAGCGCGUCGCGGCGGCGCGGCGCGACCAGGACUCCUUCUCCAAUAUUACAUUGGGCGACAGGGCCUCGUGGCUCGGGCCCCUCGCCGAAGGAUUAUUACCGCCGAAGCCGGCGAACGAGCGCCCCGUCGUCAAGCUCAACCGGCCGCCCGUCGCCAAAGGGUUGAAGUUUCCGACGGAAGACGCGCACCCGCCGCCGGCUCCCGCGCCGCCCGUGGGGGCCAGCGGUCUGCGGCCCGUGCCGCCGAAGCCGGGGUUGCCAAAACUGCCGAGCGAGCCGCUCCCGUCCCUGAAAUUGGAGAAGGUCCGCGUCAAGACCAAGAGCGAGGUCUACGAGCCGCUCACGGAGCGCGACACGACGGGUGGGAUGGCGCGGGGCCUCGCGCGCGACGACACCGUGUCCUCGCUCUAUUGCUCGACCCCGGCCUGCGCCGACGACGUGGAACCGGCGAAAAUAAAACGGCGCUUUCGCCGCGUCGACGCCGCGCUGGGCCGCUACGCGAAAGCGCCGCGGCGCUGGUGGUUCCGGCGGCCGCGUGCGGCGGGCGUCGGGCGGCGGAAGGGGUGACCGCGGAUCCUGUGUUUGAUAAGAUGCUUGUGUGAUAUU